GCUGGAAGCAUUUAAGGCAGAGCACUGGAUCUGAGCCCCAGCUGCAGGACUCAGGACCUUGAAAGGCUCAGGGAGAACAAUCUUUGAGAGCAGCUGCAGCACAGCCACAUCUAUCUACCAAGAAAGCAUGUUACAAGCUACGUUCAAGGUGUGUGCCGGAAGCUCCUAUAGACAUAUGCGCAACAUGAAAGGACUGAGGCACCAGGCUGUGCUGGCCAUUGGCCAAGAGCUGAACCGGAGAGCACUGAGGGAUCCCAGUCCUGGGUGGAUGGGCCAGGUUCGGCGUCGCAGCUCUCUGCUUGGUUCUCAACUGGAAGCAACACUCUACAGUGACCAGGAGCUGUCCUACAUCCAGCAGGGAGAGGUGGCUAUGCAAAAGGCCUUGGGCAUCCUCAACAACCGGGAAGGCUGGAAGAAGGAAAGCCAGCAGGAGAAUGGGGAUGAAGUGCUAAGUAAGAUGGUGCCAGAUGUGGGCAAGGUGUUUCGCUUGGAGGUGGUGGUAGACCAGCCCAUGGACAGACUCUAUGAAGAACUGGUGGACCGCAUGGAGGCAAUGGGAGAGUGGAACCCAAAUGUCAAGGAGAUCAAGGUCCUGCAGAAGAUUGGAAAAGACACGGUCAUCACCCAUGAGCUGGCUGCUGCGGCAGCAGGCAACCUGGUGGGGCCCCGAGACUUUGUGAGCGUGCGCUGUACCAAGCGCAGAGGUUCCACGUGUGUGCUGGCAGGCAUGGCCACACAUUUUGGAGAGAUGCCCGAGCAAAGCGGUGUCAUCAGGGCUGAACACGGUCCCACCUGCAUGGUCCUCCACCCACUGGCUGGAAGUCCCUCAAAGACUCAGCUCACGUGGCUGCUCAGCAUUGACCUCAAGGGGUGGCUGCCGAAGUCCAUCAUCAACCAGGUCUUAUCGCAGACCCAGAUAGAGUUUGCCAACCAUCUGCGCAAGCGCCUGGAGUCCAGCCGCCUCUGAGGCCCAGUGUUAAGGACUGCACACCACAUUGACCUGCAUGCCAUUGGGAGCUCUCACAGGAAGCCUGCAAGCCUGUCAAUCUUCAGUUAUCGACAAUGGGAGGGGUAGUAGUUGUAAGACACUAGGACUACUGGUAAAAACUAUGAGAAAAAUAGAAAGGAGGCUUAGAGUAAAAGCCCUCUAGUGCCUCCCCCACUGACUGGCUGUGAAGUGAAGGCUAAGGGACAGACAUCUAGGAAACCUUUUUUCUAGGCCUGUACAUGCUGACCUCAAAAACCUCUACUAAAAAUGUCAGCAGCUGAUGUGACCAGGGGGUGCCAAGGGCCGGGAACUGUUUGUUGCCUUAAGAGCUCCAAACUGAACAAAGCAAGGUUUUACCUAGGAAACUCCGUGGCCUUCUGCUCCUCUGUAAAAGGCCAGAACUUCAAACUACCCACAAAGGGCCCUCCAGAGUAUUCCAACUUUUCUCUAAGGAGAAAUGAAAUCAUCCUUGUGCUGGCUUCCCUACGUAUCCUAUGACAAUAAAGAACCAUACAU